AAGAAUUAAUUAAGUGAAUCAGACCUAAUUAAUCAAAAGACGCAAAAUCACAGACACUGAGAAUUUGGGGAUUGCAAACCUAAAGCCGAUCAAGAUCAAGAUCAAAAUCGAAGAUGAAAAGAGGACGAGCAUGCGUGGUAGUACUGGGAGACAUCGGACGGAGCCCUCGUAUGCAGUAUCACUCUCUUUCCCUUGCUCUUCAGGCAUCAUUAGAAGUGGACAUUGUUGCUUAUGGAGGUUCCGAGCCGCAUAUGGCAGUGCUACAGAAUCAGUCCAUUCAUAUCCAUAAGAUGAAACAAUGGCCAGUACUUCCCCAAGGCCUCCCUAAGUUGCUUAAGGCUAUGGUUCUUUUGCUCAAGCCGUUAUUUCAGUUUUUCGUGCUGCUUUGGCAUCUCUGUGUCACUAUCCCUGCUCCAGAUGUUUUCAUUGUGCAGAAUCCACCUUCUGUUCCGACCUUGGUGGCUGUAAAAUGGGCGAGCUGGCUGAGGAAUGCUGCAUUUAUUGUUGAUUGGCAUAACUUUGGAUAUACUUUACUGGCAUUAUCCCUAGGAAGAAACAGUCCGUUUGUAACAGUAUAUCGUUGGCUUGAGAGGCGUUAUGGCAGGAUGGCCAAUGGUUCACUGUGCGUCACAAAGGCAAUGCAACAUGAAUUGGCUCAAAAUUGGGGAAUAAAAGCUACAGUUCUGUAUGAUCAGCCUCCCGAGUUUUUUAGUCCUACUUCACUAGAGGAAAAGCAUAAGUUGUUCUGCAGAUUAAAUAAGUACAUCAAUCAGCCUCACAAUAUUCGUGACUGUGCCAGCUACGGAAUGGGGAGCCACAAUGUAAAUGAAACUCUGUUUACCACCAUGGUUGAUGGUGAUAUCCUCUUAAAGGAAAACAGGCCAGCUCUUGUCGUUAGCAGUACAAGCUGGACAGCAGAUGAGGAUUUUGGCAUCCUCCUCGAAGCUGCAGUGAUGUAUGAUAGACGUGUUGCAGCAAUAUUAAAUGAAAAUGACUCAGCUCUUGACGAGGUCCUCUGGAAGGACAUAAAUGAAGGGAAACAGUACCUAUAUCCUAGGUUAUUAUUUGUCAUUACAGGUAAGGGGCCUGAAAAGGAAAAAUAUGAAGAAAAAAUUAGGCGGUUGCACCUCAAGCGUGUGACGUUUCGUACCAUGUGGUUGUCAGCUGAGGAUUAUCCAUUGCUUCUAGGCUCUGCAGACAUUGGUGUGUGCUUGCAUACUUCUUCAUCUGGGUUAGACCUUCCCAUGAAAGUUGUAGAUAUGUUUGGUUGUGGAUUGCCUGUUUGUGCUGUUGCCUACUCUUGUAUCAAGGAGUUAGUUGAAGUAGAGAAAAAUGGCCUCCUCUUUUCAUCACCUUCAGAACUGGCUGAUGAACUUUUGAUGUUGUUCAAGGGUUAUCCAGAUGAAUGCAAUACAUUGAAGUUGCUAAGAAAUGGUGCUUUGGAAAAGAGUUCUACAAGGUGGGCUAGCGAAUGGGAAGAGCAUGCAAAGCCAAAAAUAACUGAGGUUAUUUCCAAGAAUGCAAAUUAAUUGCUGGUCUCGGACUUGUCGCAGACUAAUUCCAAUAAGUUUACGGAGACCGGAAAAGCUUUAGUAGCUGCGAGUCUUAUGGCCUGUAUACUUUGCAUUGCUCUGCUGCUAGGCAUCUUUGGAUCAAAGUGUUCUCUAUUUGAAGGAUGUGGGGUUUUUGUUUUGCACCUACAAAUUAUUUGAUUAAAUUUUUGUAUCUAGUCUAACCUUUUGUUUUUGUGACUAGAUUUUGUACUUUGUAGUAAUAACAAUGAAAUGUAUAUUCGUUUUUA